AUGGGUUUGUUGUCACUUGGUACACCUUUAAGUUGGGAUGAGUCAAAGAAACUCAACGAACAUGUUAGAACCAAUGGUAUUACUCAAUUGAUUAAUAUCUUUAACCAACAUGGUAAGAGGGAAAAUGAUGUGUUUUUAUGGGGUGAUGAAGUCGAAUACAUGCUUGUGGAUGUUAAUCAAGAUGAUCAUACCGCAAGAUUAUCCAUCGAUAAGGAUUAUAUCAUAAAUGACUUGAAUGAUCCUGAUAAAUUAUUACCUGUGGCUGAUGCAAAAAAUGUCAGUUAUCAUCCUGAAUAUGGUAGGUUUAUGAUUGAAUCUACUCCUGCAAGACCUUAUGAUGGUAACUCAUUACUGGACUAUUUAUAUGUUGAAAAAAAUAUGAAGGAUAGACGUGAUGUUUGCCAAGAUAACUUGCCUUCUUCCAUCAAGUUAUUGACAUUGACAAGUUUCCCACGUAUGGGAUGUAAUAUUUUCACUUCUCCUCCAGCUAAAGCAAAUGGACCAGCUUCUCAAUCAUUGUUUUUACCUGAUGAAAUCAUUAAUCGUCAUGCUCGUUUCCCCACAUUAACUGCUAAUAUCAGAAGAAGAAAAGGUCACAAAGUUUCCAUUAAUUUACCAAUGUAUCCUGACAAAUUUACGAAAUUGGUGGAUGAUUCCAUUCCAAAGGAUAGAAAGUUGUUUGAUAGUGAUAAGGAACCAUGGAUCGGGGCUUCAAAACCAGGAUAUGUCUAUAUGGAUUCCAUGGGAUUUGGUAUGGGUUCAAGUUGUUUACAAAUCACCAUGCAAACCAAGAAUAUCAGCGAAGCAAGAUAUCUUUACGAUACUUUAGCUCCACUUGCUCCUAUUAUGUUGAGUUUAUCAGCUGCUGCUCCUAUUUUCAAAGGAUUCUUGGUUGACCAAGAUGUUCGUUGGAAUGUUGUUAGUGGAGCGGUUGAUGAUCGUACAUUUAUUGAAAAAGGUCAGGAACCAUACCAAGAUUACCAUUUGUUUGGUGGUUUAGAUAUCGAUGUGAAUGAUGACUUGACUAUUAAUACACAUAGAAUUAAUCAACAAGGCGAUUUAAUGGAUUUGCACACCAAGGAUGGCAAACCAAUUCAAAAAGUACCAAAAUCAAGAUAUGAUUCCGUUGAUAACUACUUGAAUGAUAACAACUAUGACACAAAGUAUUUCCAAGAUGGCUACAACGAUUUGAAUGCUCCAAUAAAUGAAAAAGUUUAUCAACGUUUAAUAAAUGAAGGUAAAUUAGAUAAGUAUUUGGCUAAUCAUUUUGCUCAUUUGUUUAUUCGUGAUCCAUUGGUUAUUUUCAACGAAAGAAUUGAUCAAGAUAAUGAAUUGGAAAAUGAUCAUUUUGAGAAUAUUCAAAGUACCAAUUGGCAAACUUUGAGAUUCAAACCUCCGGCUUUAUACACAAAGGAUACCAAUUUACAAAACAAACCUGGAUGGAGAGUAGAAUUCAGACCAAUGGAAAUUCAAUUGACUGAUUUUGAGAAUGCUGCUUAUUCUACUUUUAUUGCUUUGUUAUCUAAGGCUAUUUUGAAAUACAAGCCUAAUUUCUAUAUCCCAUUGCUGAAAGUUGAAUUGAACAUGAAAUUGGCACAUAAAGUUGACUCUGUUUUGAAUGAUAAAUUCUGGUUUAGAUCAUUUGAUUUAUGGAACAUCGAUUCGUCUGAAUUUAACGAUUAUGGACUUGAAUGGUUUGAUAGAUUCUUGACUGAAGAUGAUAAUCAAAAUGGUAAUGGUACCCAUCUCAAUGGUAACACCAACGGUGCCAAUGGUGCCAAUGGUGCCAAUGGUAGUGUAUUAAAUGGAUCUAAAUUACCAAGAGGAUGUGACGGGAAAACUGUUGAAGAAAUCAAUGAUGUUGAUGAUCAUGGAAUCGAUCAAAGAUAUUCGAUUUGUCGAAUCAUAAACGGAUGUGCGAAAUUCCCAGGGUUGAUCAAGUUAGUUAUUAAAUUACUUGCAACAGAGUUAAUUCCUCAAGCUUUGAAGACAACUUCCAAGGAGAACUUAAUUGAAGACGUUAUAACAUUGAGAUACUACUUGUACUUGAUUGCCGCAAGAGCCAGUGGUGAAAUUCCAACAACUGCACAUUGGAUUAGAAACAAGGUGACAAACCAUGAACAAUAUAACCAUGAUUCAAAGGUCUCUGAAGAAAUAAAUUAUGAUUUAGUUCAGGAUUGUAUUAAAAUUACGGAUUUAAACGAUAGACAGUUGAUAGAAAGCCUUUUUGGAGACAGCAUAGCUGGGUAUUUAUUCGCAACAAACUAA